AUGCCUCUGCAUGAUCCAGGCAGACAAGCAGUUCAUUGCACUCCUGAAGACGUCGCCCUCUCUUCUGCAGCCAUAGUCCGCGGCAAGCCUGUCAAGCACCACAUCACGCACCACAUAGAGACCUCAGCCAAUAUACUCAAGCUAAAGUCUGCCGUCUUGCUCCUGAACGCUUCAAGCUCGCCAAAGCUCUCUGAUUCCACCAUCUUCUCACGCAUCCACUCGGUCAAGGCGUUUCAUCAGAUCACGGGGCAGCCAGAAGACAUCCUGAAAACAGCCAAUAUCACCCUUUUCGGCUUGUUUGUCUACACCCGGAUGCCUUUUGGACUGAAAAAUGCUGCCCAGACCUUCCAGUGUUUCAUCAAUGAGGUAGUGAUGGGGCUCCCUUUCUGCUUCGCCCUAUAUCAACGACCCCCUCUUUGCAAGCCUUGA